AUGCGGCUGUGCCAAGAUGCAAAGUAUUUCAGGUGGUCGCCUGUGGAAAGAGCUGGUGCUGAGGUCAUCCGCCCCAAGUACAACCAGAACCUCGGCCGGGAGUGCGCACAGAUCAUCUGUGCACUUGGCAUCAAGUCCGUGGUGUACUCUUCCGAGGACGCCCGGUCCCUUCGCCACUCCAGGAUUCGGCUGCUCCGUGUCUUCGUGAACGCUGGCGGCGAGGGGGUGAUCUUGCGGCCAGUGCUUCAUCUUUGCGUACAUCCCUGUGAUUUCGGCCACUCCCUUUCCUUUGUGAACGACCUCUGGCUGCUGAUGAUGGAGAUGCAGGUGGAACAUGACGGCCGACCUGAGCGUGGAAGUCCGACUGAGAUUGCCGAGUCUGAGGAUGAAUUCAAGCCCUCUGGUGCCAUGGACCUAGAUGAUGUGAAGCAGGAAAAACGCAAACGAGAAACACGCAUCGACCGGGGUGAUCGGGUUCGUGAUGGUGCUGCUGUUCCUGUCGGCGACAGUCAAGAGGAGGACGAGGAUCUUGACAGCCCUAGCAAACGCCCACAACAUGGAGAUGCACCGCUCAGUGGACAAGAGAUUCGUGCACUCCUUCUUGGCCAUGUCAGUGAAAUGAAAGAAGCAUGGAGAUCCUUUCAGGGCCGUCUGGACCGGGUCGAAAGUGAGCAACUCCAACAAAGCCAUGAGAUGAUUCACAUGAGGACCCGCACUGCCGCGCUUGAGAAAACGAACACUGGACUUCAGAAGGCCCAGGACCUGACUGCAAGGAACCUUGAUUCGCUUUCUGAGGAUGUGAAGAAGAUGAAGGUUCAGAUUGAAGAUCUUCAAGCUCGGCCCCCUGCACCUGCUCCAGCUGAUGCUCGCCCGGUCGGAGCUCCAUGUGACCCUUGGGCCGAAUACACCAGACGACGUGAACAGGGUGACAUCUUGGACGGCAAAGCACCCUCCUCAUCAGUCAAAGCCGCUACCUCCUCGGCAAAUGAUCGUCCUGGUGAAGCUCUGAGUGAAGACGAAAAACGUACUCUGGUCUUUGGUGGCUGGGCUCGCGAUACCAAGCGAAGCAUCAUUGAAGCUGAAAGUGCGGCAUUCCUUGGUACUGAGGGUAUGAAAGCACUGACUGAUGUGCAAAAGCUCAUGAUCUAUGGCCCUCGACGCUCGGUUGGGAUGAUGAAGUUCACUGAACGUGAGGGGGAGACUUUUCGAGAUGUAAAAAAUCGAAUGUGGGAAGUCAUCAAGAUUGUUGCGAACAGCAAGGUUGAACUUGCGAGUACCAAGGACCUGGGUGAGCCUAAAACGAUGUGGGCGAGUUUCGUGAAGACUAAGGCAGCCAGGGCUAAGAGCACUUUGAUUUCCAUGACCCGACGAGUCGCUUGUGAUCUUGCGAUGGGAGCAAAGAAUGCUGAAGGGGGCAUCAAGUUCAUCCAGCAUACCCUGCCUUCGGCCUUUGAUUGUGAUUGGAACAUGGGCACCAUCUGGUGCGGUGAUCAUAAGCUUGCGAGUGCGACCCAUCGUGCCCCACGUGACAACGAGACCAUCUUGAUGCCGGGAGGCUGGGUCGACCUUGACGCCAUCUCUGCCAUAACUGGGCAUCGUUGGGGGAGAAUCUCACUGUGGAACCUGGCCGGUCAGUCAGUGAAAAUGCUUGACUUAGCGGCGGAGGAUGCGGACUGCAUCAUGGUUCAAGAAAUUGCUCGUGGCAAAGCUGGGUUGCUUCUUCUCGUGGCAUCUGGGUCCUGGCUCGCCUUCACGGAAUUGGUCGCCAGAUUGAUAUCCUUCUUGUCAGGGGAGUGGGGUGUGAUUCCAUUACGAUCGAACCGGUCUUCUCUGGCUUUCCGCGACACAGAUGAGACCAAGAAUGCAAUCAUCAAGGCUCAACGAACUAGAGACAAGGCCGAUUGGAAGCAUGUGCACCAACUUCGUCGUUUUGCUCGCAAAGCUUGGCAAGAACAACGUCUCAGUCGUAUCCUUGCUGGUGGCUGGGAUGAAUUCCGUUCUCUACAAAACGAAAAGAAACGGCAGAAAGGAUGGUGGGGUGAACUUCUCCAGGACCGCUCAUCUUCGGAUCUGACCCGUGAAGUCCAGGCCCACUUGGAAUCCAAGAUGGUGUGUGGAAAUAUGAACACUUGGGACACUGAGCUUGAUGAGUUGAUUGCUGCUGUUAGGGCUGACCACGCAUUUCUUCCCUUUGACCUGUUUGAUGUCAGAACGGAACUGCAGUCAAUGCGAUGUCGCAGCGCGGUUGGUCCGGACGGCAUCGGCGUUCACCUCCUUCGGGAAAUCGCCAGUGAUGCACACCUGGGUGAACAAUUCCUGGAGCUCAUUAAUCACAUAGUGAGAACUCAGGAGACGCCUGCCAAUUGGAAUGUUAGCUUCCUUGCCCUGUUGGCAAAGUGCCCAUCUCCUCAACGUCCGAAAGAUCUCCGACCCAUCGCUGUCAGUUCGGCCUUCAACAAGCUGGUCAAUCGAUUGGUCUGCUCGCGGACUUUCCCCAAGCUCAGGCGUGGUUCGAAAAUCAGUGCAUGUGGAAGGGGACGGCAAGCCGCGGAUUUGAUCGGGGGUGUUUCCCGUAUUCGUGAUGUCUUCCAUGAAUGGCGAGUCCCGGGACUUCUCUGCAAGCUAGAUGUGGCAGGAGCCUUUGAUCGUGUUGAUCGCCGCAAAGUUGCUGCUCUCCUUCUGGAUCGUCUGAAGAAUGAAGGUGUGCCCGCUGAACUGCGCUAUCUUCUUGGCCAACUCCGGAGUCAUGAACUGAGAGGGAAUGUUCCUGGGGGUGAGGUCAUUUCUUUCCGUCCCAAUCAGGGAAUCAAACAAGGUGCUCCUGAGAGCGCCGAGAUCUUUGGACUUCUUGUUGAUUCUCUCCUCUCUGAGUUGAUUGAAUGCCGCGCCUGGAAGACAAUGGGUGGGGUUGCAGCUGACUUUGAUGUUGACCUUCUCUUCUAUCAGGAUGAUGUCUUCUUGGUUGAGAGUGACCUGGGACGUCUUGUGCGUCGGAUCCGCACUGUUGAUCGUUGCCUGCAUAAGGCUGGACUUUGUCUUGCUACGGACAAAACCAAGAUCAUCUGCACGUCUGAUUAUCAUGGACCCAGACAAGCUCGGGUUGCUGGAGAUCUCUUCUCCGUUGCUGAGACCCUCGAGUCUGUCAAGGUACUUGGGGUGAACUUCAACUUUCAUGAUCCACGUGGAGUUGGACUGCUGGUGCUGUACACUGGCACGCCUCUGACCUACACGCUGCCAAUUCGCUCCAACUCCAGCUCCUUCGUCGUGCCUUUGGACUCAAGAGACUACGCGGUGAAGAUUGGGUCACCUGGAAUCAGAGAACGCUCCGAUUCUGCCGUGUUUGGAUGUGCGCAAAUAAUGUUUCCAGGUGGAGUACGAAAAUCUUGUCUCUACAGCAUAAUCUUCAUGGCCACUGGGCUCGGAGAAGUGAAUAUUGUAGAACGACUGCCCGCCACUCGCCGUGCUUGCCGAUGCGAACCAUACUUUGGCGAUGCACGGACUGGUGGCGUCACCAACAGGCUCUCAGUGAUUCUGUCGGUUUCCGGCACCCUUGUCGGUUCUAUGCGUCCAACCCCGAGCGUCAAGUUGCUGAUGCUCAUGGACCUCGCUGGUUCGAUCUUGCUCAGGCUCGCCCGAAAGCUCCCGCACCCUGCCUACGUCUCCACAAUGUCGGUGAUCGCCCUCGCUCGGCUGGUCCUUCAUCGUUGGCUUCUUGUACAUGGCACUGUUUGGGAUGAACAACACGAUGGUGCUGAAGGUAGCUCUUCCAGCAGCUCUUCGCAUGUGGCCCCGCUUCCCGCUGUCCGCCCUUCGUCGUUCUCCUACGAGCAGUAUGUGACACACAUGGCCCUGGCCUGGGAUGAAGAUGUUUCUCUUGGCCUUCAACUACAUGACUACGCGCAGAUGAACACGGAGGAGGAGGACAUUCUUGGUACGGCUCCCCUGCCUGCUGACCUCCCAGUGCCAUUUGUCGUUGACGCUUGUGUUCCUUCUUCUGCUAUGGAUGUUGCUGCUCCUGGAACCCUGGCUGCUCUACCUGGUCCCGCUGUUUCUCCUGCUGCUUUGGAUCCUCUUGCUGUCGCUCUACAUGAUGGACGUCGUCUACGUGGACUUGCUGCAUGCUCUGCCCCUGUGUCCCUGCAGGCAGCCACUCCUGGACGUCUUGUCUUCCUCGUGGGCGUCUUCGAGUACAUCCCAGAGCUCCUCGUCGUCUUUCUCUCGUUCGACGACUUCCUCUUCUAUGUGGGCAACUGGAAGUACGUCGGUGCCCCCUGCGCGAACCUGGACACUGCGACUGGACUUUGGCCAGCCAGUGAGUCUGGUGAUCCGUGGGGCACAACCUGGCACUCGGAUCCACCUGCGGUGGCCAAUGAUCCGGACUGUCGGGACAGAUGGCACCACCCGGACGGGUCUAUUCGCAACCGCCGCCAGGAACGGCUACAGCAGGAGUCCCUUCAACCCAUCGAUGAAAACCAGAUGGCCUUCACCAUUGAGGCUUCUGAACGUCGCAGUGAUGGACAUGUGGUUGUUGGGAAAACCUUUUAUGGAGACCACUUCGAAGUUUGGGCUAGUGGUCUUGGAGCUGCACACGAAGAGUCUACAUCGGCGGGUAGCACUGGUGGCAGUGAGCCAUCUGACACAGGAGGCACUUCUGAGAUGGACGGGACACCAGUUGCACCCUCGUCCAUGCCUCCGGAUGAUGCCGUGAGUGACGACCCGGUUUCAUCCUCGGAGUCCAGUGACAACCCUCCUGUGGUGGGCUUUUGGAGACAUGGUGUCUUCGUGCCGCGCGCCCGCUCUGCUCAAGAACUACGUGAUCAUCAAGGUGGCGGGGGAAUGCAAAGAUGGCUGCGGAAGCAACGCAGAAUGCACGCCUAUUUCGCAGGCCAAUGGAAACCUGCAUGGUUGGAAAAAUAUAUCCGGGACAAGCAGGCGAGAGAAAGUACGGCAGCUACAACUGCUCAACAGGAUGAGAUGCAUGGCUUGGACUCCGAACCUUCCGAGAAUGUCCCGCCUUUGGCGUCUACCUCAUCCACUGGAGGCACUUCGCAAACUAAUGAGUGGGCCUGGACAGGAGCCCACACACGAUGCUUCGGAAGUGUGGGAGUCCCAGCCGGCCUCUGGCUCCUCUACCUCCUUGCCCUCCGGCUCAACAUCGUCAUCUUCGACCUGGAGCUCUUCUACUUGGAACUGGACUACCUGGACAACGACCUCUGGCACCACGUCGUUAUCCUCGACCUGGAACUCUUCUACCUGGACUUCGACUACCUGGACAUCGACUUCAGGAGCGAGGCCUUCUUCUUCCUCUAG